CUUUCUUCAUUCUCUCGCCGAACGUCGAAUCGAGCAGCUGUUCUUUGAAGAACCGGCUGACUAUUUCGCAGUCAAACACACAGAACAAAACAAGAAUUAUGAUUGCGCAAAGUGUAAUCAGCUAUCUGCGGCCCUGCGCCCGCCGUUUGGCCAGCACUAGUUCCAAGGCCGCAGCUCCCAAGUUCAACUGGCAGGAUCCCCUGAACCUGGAGAGCCAGCUGACCGAGGAGGAGGUGGCCAUUCGGGAUGCGUUCCGCGGCUACUGCCAGGCGGAACUGCUGCCGCGCGUCAAGAUGGCCAACCGCCUGGAGACGUUCGACAAGAAGAUCAUGGAGGAGAUCGGCAGUUUGGGAGUCCUGGGUUGCACCAUCAAGGGAUACGGCUGCGCCGGGGUCUCCAGCGUCGCCUACGGACUGCUGACCCGCGAGGUGGAGCGCGUGGACUCCGCCUAUCGGUCCGCCGUAAGCGUCCAGAGUUCGCUGGCCAUGGGCGCCAUCUACGACUUUGGCUCCGAGGAGCAGAAGCAACGCUAUCUGCCCAGUAUGGCGGAGGGCAAGCUGAUCGGUGCCUUUGGACUGACUGAACCUAACCACGGCAGCGAUCCCGCCGGCAUGGAGACCCGAGCGAAGUACGACAGUAAAAGCAAGACGUACGUUCUGAAUGGAGCAAAGACCUGGAUUACUAGUGCGCCCAUUGCCGACGUCAUUGUGGUAUGGGCCAAAUGCGAAGAUGGCAAGGUUCGCGGCUUCCUGGUGGACCGGAAGGUAUCCGGCCAAGGAUUGGACACUCCCAAGAUCGAGGGCAAGUUCUCGCUGCGCGCAUCGCCCACGGGUAUGAUCCUGAUGGACGAUGUCCGGGUGCCGGAGGAGCAGCUGCUGCCCAACGUGUCGGGCUUUAGUGGACCCUUCAGCUGCCUGAACAACGCCCGCUACGGAAUCGCCUGGGGCGCACUGGGAGCCGCAGAAGUCUGUGUGGAGAUUGCACGUCAGUAUACCCUCGAUCGCAAGCAGUUUGGCCGCCCUCUGGCUGCCAAUCAGUUGAUCCAGAAGAAGCUGGCCGAUGCCACCACGGAGAUAGCUUUGGGCCUUCAGGCCUGUCUGCAUGUGGGUCGCCUAAAGGAUCAGAAGCUGCAUACGCCCGAGAUGAUCUCGCUCCUGAAGCGGAAUAACACUGGGAAGUCCUUGAACAUUGCCCGCGAAAUGAGGGAUGUGCUUGGUGGCAACGGCAUCAGCGACGAGUACCAUGUGAUCAGGCAUGUGAUGAACCUGGAGUCGGUAAAUACCUAUGAAGGCACGCACGACAUACACGCUUUGAUCUUAGGUCGCGCCAUCACAGGACUGCCGGCAUUUGCCAACUAAUUUACCUUUCCAAACGUUUUUUGUGGACUGCAUUUACUAAUGAGUUAGCUGUGUACGUGUCGAUGUGAAUAAAUAUCAAGUAAAUCAAAA